GACCCCUAGAUCUAACUGCUGAAUGAGAAAUUCCUAAAACCAACUGCAUUCCAGCCGUUAGAUUAACAAAAAGUGGAAUUUGGUGGCUGAGAUACGACCAAGCCUUGGACAAUCUUCACCGGAUUCCAGCAUCAAGAUCGGAAACCAUGACUGCUCUAGGAAGACUCGCCUUGACAGAGACAAUAAGAAGGGGUUUGCUCCAAGCCAGUGCAUCUUCACUAUGCAGAAACACAGCUCUAUGUUUGUCAACCCUGCCCGAUACUGGAACCAAGAUGCUAGCGUGGCAGAUCGAUGCCUACGGUGGAAUAGAUCGUAUGAAACUUGUGGAGAAAGCUGUGCCCAUAAUCACCAAACCAGACCAGAUCUUGAUUAAAGUCCAUGCAACAAGCAUCAAUCCUAUAGAUGUUCGUAUGCGAGGUGGCUAUGGGGCUAGAUUAUUGAACCGUAUACGAGGUGUCACUAAAGAAGGUGAUGAGCUCCCGCUUACUCUCGGUCGCGAUUGCUCAGGGGUGAUCGUGGACAUGGGCCGACUUGUAAAGGGAUUUGAUGUUGGCCAGGCAGUGUGGGCCAACGUCAAUGGAGCGCAUCAAGGUACACAUGCGCAGUAUGUCCUGGUGACAAAGAAUGACCUUUCUAAAAAGCCGGAGAACCUCACCCACGUUGAAGCGGUUUCGAUAAACUAUGCGGCCAUCACAACGUGGAGUGCGGUAUACGCUGUGGCAAAGAUACGACCUGAGAAUGCUGCAGACAAGCGAGUAUUGAUUCUUGGAGGGUCUGGAGGCGUGGGAUCAUUCGCCAUUCAGCUCUUGAAGGCCUGGGGUGCUCACGUCACAACAACCUGCAGUGCAGAAGCCAGAGAAUUUGUAUCCAGUCUCAACCCUCACCAGAUAGUCGAUUACAACAGAUCGGACGUGGAGUCUGAGCUGAAACGAAUCGGUCCUUUUGAUUUCAUCCUGGACACGGUAGGAGGAAAUACGGAGCAAUAUGCCAUGAAGGCAAUGAACAAAGGUAAAGGAGCACAGUACGUGACGCUAGUCUCACCAUUAAUGGUAGAAACUGAUAAGCAAGGUUUGGUGCGGGGUAGUCUCUCUGCUAGCUGGACUCUGUUUAACAAGACCAGGCAGGCCAGCAAAUAUGGCGGGAAGUACCGAUGGUCCUUUGCGAAUCCCAGUACUUACGCUCUGAGCGAAGUGGCAAAACUUGUUGAGGAUGAGCUGAUUCGACCGUGUGUGGAGGAAAUCUUUCCUUUUACGGAGUUGCCUGAAGCGUUUGCAAAUAUCGAGAAAAGGAGUGCGCGAGGGAAGACUGUAGUGAAUGUUGUCGGACUAGAGAAAAAGGUGCCCAAAUCUGCUGAUUUCUACAUGUCACAAUAAGAAAACGGCUCUAAACACUCACUAUCAACCAUAAUACCAUGGAAACUUCCAAUUAAAUACAAUUAUUUCAUAUCUUAUAUGAAUUUUAGAAUCAGGUUUCUCUUGUAAGAGUUUUACAUUGUGGAUUUCAAAUGUUCUGAAGAACUGCAUUGUUUUUAUUAAUUAUACUUUCUCAAUUGAUAUUUGAUAUAAUGCAGCUGUAUGUAAUAUCAGGAAUGUCAGAAAUUAUUGAAACAUAGUGUCACCCAUUUAUAGGUCAUGAAACAGGCUAUGAAACAAACUAAGUCUGACGUCCUGUAGCUGCGAGAACAUCAUCUGAAAUAUUCCAGAGUGAAAUAUUAGAAAAGAAACCAACAACAAACUAAAAAAAGUAGAAUGACACUAAAAGAUGUAUUCAAAUUCA